AUGAAGAUUGUUUCCUUUCUAUGGCAACUGGAAUUCCCCGAGGAAUACAAUACUACUAGUAGGAAUCAUUCUAAAGUUGAAUAGGCCGUGGCGCCGGCCCUUUUCAACUGUGCAAGAUACGAAAAUCCCGAUGAAAAGAUAUUUUUUUAGAGUUGAUCGUGGAUUUUAAGAUCGGAUUUUCAACGAAAGGGCAUUUAAUAUUCCAACAGGUCAUCGGGCUAAAUUAUCUGUCCACACGUUCAAUAUAAAUUUCUUCUCUGGCAUGUGGUGCUCUUUAAUGGAGGAUACUCUUAACCCUUUAUUUUUAUCAUUCCCCAAGAAGAGUAUACACUGGAUUUGUAUUUAAUGAAGCUUCUUAAUCGCUUCGUAGGUUGACCAAAUGCAUAAAUUGAAUAGCAAAUUGGGUUCAUAAUGGUCAGACAAUGAUAUAGUUCAUAGGCUAAUUUGCUGUAAUGAAAGCAACAUUGGGAUUAGAGCCCCAUCUGAGAUGAUGAUAAUUUUAACUACGAAACCCAAUUCUUACAAUACCUUUUCAAUGCAACCAAAAUGAGCUUUUACAGAAAAACCGCCCACCCAGAAGUGCUGCACAGAACACAUGCCCUGCGUGACAAUUAAAUUCAAUUCUGACACAACUUGUGCAGCUUUUCAUUUUAACUUUUGUAAAGUCCAUUGAUCUGAAUUGGGUACUAAACAGUUUUAGUUAGUUAAGGCCCAGGGAUCAGAUUCUUUUCCUGUCCACAUGAUCAAAAGACAAAUGAUUUUGAGUAAAAACUACAGGCUUGGGCAUUAUUUGUUUUAAUUUUGAAGGAACUGGGUUAAGAUCUGAGUAAAUAUGGCGCAGCCUAAGCCGAGGAGAAGGAUGGCUCCUUUGGAGAAUGGAGAUAAGGAAGAAAGAGAGGAAGACUUAGCGGUGGCUCUAACUAUAGCCAAUGGUGAGGAUCUAGGUCCCCUUGUUAGAAAAGUUUUUGAGGUGGGCAAGCCCGAAUCUUUGCUCCACCAGCUGCGCUAUUUUGUCAAGAAAAAGGAAGUGGAGAUCGAGGAUGUGUGUAAAUUACACUACCAGGAUUUUAUUCAUGCGGUGGAUGAGCUCCGGGGGCUUUUAGUUGAUGCAGAUACGCUUAAAAAUUCCCUUGCUGGCGUGAAUUCGGAUAUGCAGGAGGUGGGGAAUCCUCUUCUAGGUAAGCUUGAAGAGUACAUAGAAGCGGAGGGGGUGAAGAAGAAUAUAUCAGAGGCAAUGCAGGGGGUUAAAUUAUGUGCAGAGGUCAUGGAACUGUGUGCCAAGGCAAACAAGCACAUUUUGAAUGAUAAUUAUUACAUGGUGUUGAAGAGCUUGGAUGUGAUUGAAAGGGAUUACCUGGUGAAGAUACCAUCUUCGACUUUAAGACAGAUGGUGGAAAGGCAGAUUCCUGCAAUGAGGAGUCAUGUGGAGAAGAGAGUUACAUUGGAGUUCAAUGAUUGGCUUGUGCAGAUCAGAUCUACUUCCAGGGAAAUUGGGCAGUUGGCCAUUGGUCAAGCUUCAUCCUCUCGUCAACGAGAGGAGGAAUUGAGGAGGAGGCAGAGAGAGGCAGAGGAAAAGAGCAGGGUGAGUUUAAGGGAUUGUGUUUAUGUCUUGGAGACAGAGGAUAUGGAGGACACUGAAUCUUUCUUGAAGUUUGAUUUGACUCCUGUUUAUAGAGCAUACCAUAUAAAUACAUGCCUUGGAUUGGAGGAGCAAUUUAAGGAGUACUAUUAUGAGAAUCGCAAGUUGCAGCUGAAUUCAGAUUUUCAAAUUUCUUCUAUGCAAGCUUUUCUUGAGUUUCAUCAGAUUUUCUUUGCACAGAUUGCUGGUUUUUUCAUUGUGGAGGAGCGGGUUCUGCGGACUGGGGGUGGGUUGAUCUCUAGGCAGAAGGUGGAGGAUAUAUGGGAUAUGGCUGUCAACAAGAUGUGUUCUGUUUUGGAGGAUCAGUUCUCCAGAAUGCAGACUGCAAAUCAUCUUCUUCUCAUUAAGGAUUAUGUUAGCCUAUUAGGAGUGACCUUGAAAAGGUAUGGUUAUCGAGUUGAUCCUCUUCUUGAUGUAUUGAAUAGAAAUAGGGACAAAUACCAUGAACUUCUACUCAGUGAUUGUAAGAAACAGUUCAGUGAUGUUAUUGUCAAUGACAAGUAUGAACAGAUGGUGAUGAAGAAAGAGUAUGAGUACAACAUGAAUGUUUUGGCAUUCCAUAUACAGACAUCAGAUAUCAUGCCUGCGUUCCCUUACAUUGCCCCAUUUUCUUCUGCAGUUCCAGAAUGUUGCCGAAUUGUGAGAUCAUUUAUUGAGGAUUCAGUGAGCUAUAUGUCAUAUGGAGGUCAUAUGGAUUUCUAUGAUGUGGUGAAGAAGUAUUUGGAUAAACUGUUGACAGAAGUUUUAAAUGAGUGCCUGGUUAAAUUUAUCCGAAAUUCAACAUUUGGGGUAUCUCAAGCCAUGCAGCUUGCUGCUAAUUUGUCCAUUUUGGAACGUGCUUGUGAUUUUUUUAUAAAGCAUGCUGCCCAACUUUGUGGCAUUCCAUUACGUUUGGCUGAAAGACCUCGUGCACAGUCUGUAUUGAAUAAUCCUCAAGAUGCUGCUUAUGAGACUAUGCUAAGGCUUGUCAAUUCUAAGAUUGAAGAGUUUAUGACGCUUACUGAUAAUAUCAACUGGGCAGCUGAGGAUUUUCCACAAAAUGGUAAUGAGUAUGUUAAUGAGGUGAUAAUUUAUUUGGAGACACUUGUUUCAACAGCACAACAAAUAUUGCCAUUGCAUGCUUUAGAUAAAAUGAUCAAUGGUGUUCUUAAGCACAUAUCAGAUUGCAUUGUAGCCACAUUUCUUGGCGAUAAUGUGAAGAGGUACAAUAUGAGUGCUGUUAUGGGAAUUGAUACCGAUUUGAAACUGUUAGAGUCUUUUGCUGAUAAUCAAUUUAAUGAGAGUGGAUUGCACGAGCUUGAAGGCGCAGUACAUCCAAAGCACUUCUUGGAAGAGGCAAGGCAGCUGGUUAAUCUUUUAUUGAGCAACCAUCCAGAAACUUUUCUCAAUCCUGUUAUUAGGGAGAAACAUUAUAGUGCUUUGGAUUACAGAAAGGUAGCCAUCAUCUCUGAAAAAUUUAAGGAUUCAUCUGACAGACUAUUUGGGAGCUUUGGUGGGCGUACUUUAAAGCAAAAUCCAAAGAAAAAAUCACUGGAUACAUUGAUAAAGAGAUUGAAAGAGUUGAAUUGAUUCAUAGAGGACAAUGUUUUAUUAUACAGAGUAGGUAUGUGUAUGUUGCUAAUCUUUUGCCAACCCAGUGUCUUAUCAAGAAGUUUCUGAAUUUUUCUAGAUAAAUUCAUAAUAAGUUUGGAGACCAACAAUAUAAAUACUAAGAGGGGACUAUGUAUUAGUUGCAUCAUCACUCGUGCUGGGUAAGCCCUUCUGAAGUCAGUUCUGGAACUGCCAUCUUUAAUGCAUUUUUAUUCUAUUCUCGUGCACAUGUAACAAAAGCAAAACUUCUGGAUCUGCAUUCUCUUUUCUCUUCUUUCCAGUUGUUAUUUUUAAUCUUUCUGGAUGGCCUUGAACCCAGAACAUUAACAUGUUGAAUCAGAGAGUCUUUUUCACUUCUUUAUUAGAAGAAGAAAGGAAUCUUAGCUGCCAAGUUUUCAAAAGAAUUUCAUUUUAGAGUUUGGAGCCCCGGCAAUGUAAAUACUAAGAGGAGACUGUGCGAGAUGCAUUGUUAUAUAUUGUGCAAGCUCUUCUGCUGCAAUCUAGAAGUACCAUCUCUAAUGCAUUUUUAUUUCCAUUUCAUACACAUUUAUCAAAACAGCAUCUGAACACAUCAGUUAGUUGAUCUGUAUCUACUUUGGUAGGUCCACAAUGCUUGAACGAAUUGUUACUCCAGAAUAGGAGAUUUAUCAAUCUUCCUUGCCACUUAAGGAAAUGUAAUGUAGUGAUUCUAGCAAAUGACAUGCAGAUGGGCAUGCUUGUGUAGGAGAAAAAGGAAGGAGAAAAGAAGUAAUUUGCUUUAUCA